GAAACCCACCUCAGAGCGCGUGGAUGUAGAUCUCCACGACAGAGAGAAAUCAAAGCGAGGUGUCGCUCUCACCUGCACGCGCAGCGCAGGCGACUCGACACGCACACACUCACCAGAAGGAGCGCGCGCCGCUGUGCCAUCACACAGCGGAGCCGCAAUUGGACAGGAAACAUCCGCACCGCCUGGUUUUCCUGCCCUCACCGGGCGCAGUCGUCCUGCGCCCCCAGUGUUCCUUCUGACCGCCGGAGAGUUUUGACCUGAGCCGCAACACAGCGCAAAAGUCCAGUGAUCGGACCUGGAGUACAUUGAGUGAAGAUGAUUCCUGUGCUGAUCUGUGCUUUGGUCUCCCUGAGUGUUGCGGAAACCAAUUUAGACAUUCUGUACCCUGAGCUGGAGCACUCCAGAACCAUCUAUGUCACAGAAAAUGGGCCCAAGUUCAAUGUCAUGGCUGAACAAGCCAAGGUUGUAACGAGGCGAGGGGGGAAUGUAACAUUACCAUGCCUGAUCCAGAGAGAGCAGCAACUGCCACCCAGUCGCAAGAUGAGGAUCAAGUGGACCAAACUGACUUCAGACUAUCUGAAAGAGGUGGACGUGUUUGUCGCCAUGGGUUACCACAAAAGGAGUUACGGAACUUUCCAAGGACGUGUCCAAUUGCAAGGCGCCUCCCCAAUGGAUGCCUCCCUGGUGAUGACAGAUGUCACUUUGGACGAUUAUGGGAGAUACAAAUGUGAAGUGAUUGAUGGUCUGGAGGAUGACACAGUGGUGGUGUCCCUCAAACUUGAAGGUGUUGUCUUCCCCUACUUCCCCCGCCUGGGCCGCUACAACCUGAAUUUUUAUGAUGCCGAGCAGGCAUGUCAAGACCAGGAUGCUGUGGUGGCAUCCUUCGACCAGCUGUACGAGGCGUGGCGCGGCGGGAUGGACUGGUGCAACGCCGGCUGGCUGAGCGACGGCUCUGUGCAGUACCCCAUCACCACCCCCAGAGAACCCUGCGGAGGGAGGAACACGGUGCCGGGCAUACGCAACUACGGCCUGAGAGACAAGGACAAGAGUCACUACGAUGUGUUCUGCUUCACUUCCUUCCACAAAGGUAAAUUCUACUACCUGAUCCAGUCGUCUAAGCUCACCUAUGACGAGGCUGUGAGGGCUUGUCAAAAAGAUGGUGCCCAGAUCGCCAAGGUUGGCCAAAUGUUCGCUGCCUGGAAGCUGAACAAGUACGACCGCUGUGACGCCGGCUGGUUGGCGGACGCCAGCGUCCGUUACCCAAUCUAUCAUCCAAGGCGCCGCUGCAGCCCCACAGAGGCCACUGUGAGGUUCAAUGGCUUCCCCGAUAAGAAGCACAAGCUGUACGGAGUGUAUUGCUACAAGGAAAACAACUAAUCCUGCGAACACCUACAUCUACACACAAGCAUGCACAAACAUAGACAUCAAAGAACACUCUCAAUGGGUUAAAAUGCAUAGAAAAGAGAAUUGUAAUAACAAGUGAUGCUUUCACUCAUGGGAGAUGUUGCAUCAUCAUUCAGGACCUUAAAAUAUAUUUUACACAUAUAUUAGAUAUUAUUUAAUCAAUGCAAAUAAUCAGUUGGGUGGGCUGACGUGUGUGGGUGAGAUUUGGAAAUAUAAAAGCUAAUGCAAAAAUGUCAUACAAGAAAAAACAUGCCAACAAAUCUAACAACAGCUAAGUGUGUCACGGUUGGACCAAAACUUUGGGCACUUAUCCUGUUUUCGAUCCCAACAUGAAGAGCAGAUGAAAGCUCAGCCUCUGUGAAGCUCGUUAGGCAGGACUCGUUAGCUGAUCCGUUCCCGACUGCCCCUCCCCUCUCAACAAGGUGCUAUAGCUGCAUCCUACCGUCCGCUUUUUUUUCAUGUUUUUUCUACAAAUGCAUUGGACCAAACUUGGACCAACAGUAAAGACAAAAACAAAUAGGAACAUCUAGCUGUUAGCAACGUGUUUUCUAAGUAUGUAGACUGUGAUAAACUUAGAAAUGUAUUUGUGUUGAUAUUUUUUAUACACUGUAGAAAUGUUUGUUGCUGUCUCUCUGGCCAAUGUCUUCUUGGUUUACGUAAAACAUACUGCAGUAUUAGUAAGGUGGACUGGGGCUGGGGCUGGGGGUGAGGCUGGGGCUGGGGGUGAGGCUGGGCCUGGGAGGUGUUUGCACUGAUCAGAUGACAUUCAGGAUAGUGGACGACAUAAACAGCAAUUUUCCUCCCAAAAUGCUUUGCCUGAGUAGAAGCAGCGUUGCUCGUGUCGCUUGGGUCGCUGUCACUUCCAGAGCGAUGCAGGGACUGUAGGCCGUCGUAGUGUUUGGCUUCAGAGCAUGGCUCAGCUAUAAGAAGCACACAGCUAAGCAGCUUCCAGAAGAUUUACUCUCAACUUCGUGUCAAUGCUUUAAUAAAGCGUUAUUUUUGAUACGGUUACUGGGUUUAAGUUGAAUUAGCAGAACAAGCCUUGUUAAUGCUUGUCAUUAUUUUCUUUUGGACACAACACUUUUAGCAUGACCUGUUCAAAAAGUUAAAAAUGACUCUUACGGGUUCAUCUGAUGUUUUUUUCUGUAGAUGUAGACUGGAUGAAAUGGUGUUUGCUGUAUUUUAUGACUUAAUUCAAAGGACUUUCCUUUUUUAAUGCUCCCUAAAAUAUGGAACUUUGAGUUAGUUGCUUCAGUGGUUUAAAUUAGUAAAGGAAACAUUUUAAGAUUUUUAAAUUUAGUACAUUUCCAGGAUAAUCGAAGAACCCAUACAAUACGUGCAGUAAAAAAGUAUUAUGGAUUGUUUUAGGGUUUUUGCUUGUGUCACACUUAUCAUGAUUUAGAUCAUGAAAUAAAUUUGAAUUUCAGAUGAAGAUAAACUAAGUACAAAAUGCAGUUUUCAAAUGUAUUUAUUAAGGGAUUAAAAACUAUCCAAAUCAAGGAAUAAUAUCUGAUUAAUUAACUGCUAAAACUUAUCUUUUGGAAAUGCAUAUCCAGACUUCAUUUCUGCCAGAUGCACCUGCUAUCAUGUGAACAAAUACACUUGUUGGUACACGAGCAUGAUUGACAACACUAAUACACUCCCCUUGGCUCUGAUUGGUUGUUUUUAAUAUUGUUCAGAUGGCAACAGUAGCACUGGGAAGAAAUAGAGGAGCUCCAUCUCUCCACAGAUUACCUGUCUCAUUUUACACUCUCACCACAUUGUGACAGUUUUACAAAUAUAUUCAAAAAUAUAUUAUUGUUAAAGUUACAUGAUGUAGCUUGAAGUGAAUGAAAACAUAAAAAUGUACCUAAAAAACAAUCGGCAUAAGUAUUCAGUGAUUGGGAUUCGGAGGGCUAAACUAGGUAGUUUAGUGAAUUGGUAAAGUUCUGGUGUGAGUUAGACUGGCAGAGCAGUAGGACGGACAAAACCUGAAGGAUCUGACAAAGGGUCGACUAACAGAGAGGUGUGUAUGCCGGACAGGUGGUUGCUUAGCAGCAAGCAUCAGCUGGGGUGGAGGUACGGAGCUGGAGAGAGCUGAGACAGAAAUGACUGAUAAACAGAACCAGACUCAGCUGAGAGAUUAACACACAGUUAGCAAGAAUGCAUAGAAAAAACCCCAAAAACCCUAAGACUCCAAACCAGAUCAAACCAAAAUCCUAAAACAGCUGCUGUGGCUUAAUUUAUAUCACUUUUAGGUUUAAGUUACUUUCAAGAUAUGUUCGUCAUGUUAUUCAAGGUUCAAACAGUAAAAAUACAUGAACCUCUCUAAACCUACUUCCACCUUUAUUUGAAGCAGAAACAGCUGUCUUUUGGAGUUUUUUCAGUGCUCAUAACAAAGAGAAAUAAUGUUUUUCCUUUUCCAUCAACGGAUAAAUUCGGAUUUCCACUGUAAUCAACAGUUUAGAGUUCAUAAAAUCUAAAUCUGUGCAGAAAGUGCGCAGCCCAAUCCCUAGGAGGCAGGUGAAAAUAAAAACGGGUGGAUGAGAUUAAACAGGAAACGCUUGGUGACAAAAUGUUGAUGGCACAUAUAUCAGCUGAGGUCACACACUGGAUGAAGCCAGGCCUGCGUGUGAGCAGGGCAGAUGUGCUGGCAGUAAGUGGCUCAUGACAUGCUAUCUUAGCUCUCCAAGACCCUGUUGAAAGCGUCUCUCAGUCUCCCAGCAUGCUGAGCAAACAACAGCCAAGCUGUAGCAGCCUCCUGCUUUCUAUAUGAAAGCAGGAAGGGAUUCUUCCAUAUAUUGGCAUUUUGCGUUCACAGGCACAGAUACAGGUUGAGGUUACCAAGCUGAAGGCUGGCAUGUUGCUACUGUCUCUGGCUGAAUCCCUGACAAAUUACUGAACAUUAUUUCAUUUGAUUUAGUUUUUUAUUUCUUUCACCCAGUCAUAAAUAUGAAUAGUUCAUGUAACAACUACAAUAAAUCAUGAAUGAAGUGAGGCAGAAAGAAACAUGAACUAAUAAUAUCUGCACCAUAUUCACAUGAAAAUAAAAUGAGAUAUUCAGACUGUUACAAACUUCUAAAUGCACAAAAAAUAAACCAAGAAUCCACAACAAAACUUCGACUUAUUCAACGUCAAAUCAUUUCGUCAUGAUUAUUUCCUAAUUUCUAACUUUGUACAUAAUUUUAAAAAUAUUUUACUGAGCUCAUGACGUUUCAAUAAGUUUGAAACACAAUGCAUAUCUCUUGCAUUGUGGGAUCUCCACUCCCACUUAUGACAGCUCUCUUCUCUAAAACAAAAAUCAAAUCUACAAAUGUUUUACAUUUACUACUCCACACGUCCACACAAUAUGUCAGAUAUGGAACAAAAUGUAAGUUAAACAAAGCAUACAAUAUUUAUCAUUUAAAAUAUUGUUAAAAUAGUUCAGGAUAUUUUAACUUUUACAUGAUCUUUUACCGCUGACCUUAUGACAGCCCAAUGUGGGCUCUGUUUCCUAAUUCAUAUCUCUGCUCAAUGACAGAGCAUAAGGACCAUACUUAGAAAAAAUAAAAAUAAAACUAUGAGAAUAAAUUCAUAAUAUUGUGAGAAUAAAGUCAAAAAAAUACGAGAAAAAUGUUGUAAUAUGAGAAUAAAGUCAUAAUAUUUUGAGAAUAAAAUCAUACAAUUACAAUUCUCUUAUUUUUAUAGGUUUAUUUUCUGAUAUUGGCCCUAAUACUCCGUCGUACUGCCCAGCCACGGCGCCUGCAAAGUCAAAUUUGUCAUUUGUACUCCUAGAGCCAGGAUCCUCUACGCUCCUCAGGAUGUUUAUGAGUAUCCAGGGCAACAGUGACAGUAAUACCCUGAGUUAGUGUGGCUCCAGAACAGUCGACAGACCUCAUUUUGAAGAAACACGAUAAUGAGAGAUCUGCUGUUUUCCAGUGUGAAUAAUUUAUCUCUCAGGAAUAACAAAGAUCUGGAAACAGCAUUGAUGUUCUGGGUAUUUAUUCACUUUAUUCUCUUCCUCUUCCUACAUGGUGCACUGAGUGUAAUGAAAACGCAGUGAUUGAGCUCCACUAUGAUAUGAAUAGGGACACGUUUGUUCAUGAUGUCCAAGCAUCAGAUGUAGAGAGGUAUAUCGAAAUUUUGACACACAUUGGUUAAUUGUUGGUACCGGUACUGUUGACCUUUACUCACUGUCUGGACUGACCGUUGGCCAGUCAGACGAUGGUCAGGCAGGCGCUUGUGAAGGCCCCACAUGGUUGGGGUGAAGUCGAACAGUUGACGCAGAGUCACAUGGUUUCAGGACAUUCGUUUUCACACACUCCUUUUUUUCUGGGCAACAAAACUGGAAGUUGAGUAAUUGGGGCUGCUGUACACACACACCCACCAAAUUAUGAGCAGUCACACAAUAUUUUCACAUGAAGAGAGGGGGGUGCAAAGUUCACUAGAGGGGCAAGAAAAGGAGGACAACAGGAGGAUGAGAACAAAAUGACACAAUUUUCGUCACGCGACUGCAACAACUACCACUGAUUUUGUCAGUUGGGCCCGACCAUGCAGAGCCCUUAUUAAGUCUUGAUGCCGUACGUAUGUUACGUUAUGCUCCUCUCCUGUCUAGAAGCGCACUACUUUAGCUUCAAGUCAGACCAUUAUUUUUCUGUGCUUAACUAUGUUUGUCAGUCAGAGUAUUUUGUUGGAUUUUCUCUGUUCAUCGGGGAUCUUCGUCAUUCCAGUUGCAAAAUAAGGAAGACUUUUAAGAUCUUGAAAUAAAAAGUCAACUAAACGCAUCAUUAUCCCUGACACCUUCUUUAUGUGCCCACUGUCACCACGUAAGAGGACAACUAAUGAGGCAGGGAUUACAGCAGAUUAAAAAAAAACGAGACGUUGGCCAGAGGAAGGCUGUUUGACUCCACACAGGCCGUCUGCAGAUGGAUAGUUCCUGAGUGAUGCAGUAAUGCAGCAUGUGUGUUUCCACAGGGAGGGGUCACACUUCCACAGAACACAGAGCCAAUUCACCGAGCUCCCUACAAUCGGUUCUGUAAGCUUUCUGCCAAAGUAAAGGUUGCUUUUAGGAAGCGAAUGAGAGCAGCUUUGGUGACGUCGUGGUUUUCAUGUUGACGCACAUGAAAACACAUGAAUCCAGUCUCACACUGGAUUCAUGAAGGCUGUUUGUGUAAAACAUGACAAGUCAGCUGCCAGGGCUCAGGUUAUCUGCAACAUUUCUACCAUAACUGGUAGCAGAGGCAUCUACCAUGAUUAUCUAAUAAAAUGAGUGGAAGAAAAACAGCUGAAAAUAGCAAACAAUAUCAGCUUUCUUCACUCCAGGUGCAGUAAAGUUUAAGAAAAAAAGACACAUCACAGUUCUCAGCUGUUGAGCAUGAUUCAUACGUUCCCACUGCAGCUCCUCUGUGACUGAGUUUUGCUGUUUGAGGGAAUCACUGAUGAUCUUACACAAGCCGUCAGUCUGACACCAGUUUUUAACGACCCGGUUCUCAGUCUGAAAAUCUGAGUUUGAAACAAUGACGCUGCAAAAAAUAAAUAUUACACAACAUGAAAAUCUAGAUUACAUCAUGUUCUUAUUGAUUUCUCUUUUAGGCAUUGGAUUAAUAUAUAGUGUCAUCUGUAAAUGUCUCCUUGUUUUUUUUGCUUUUAUUUUUUUUCUUGUUCAUUUCUUGGCAUUGUAAUUUUGUAUCACACAAUAAAAAGAAAACUGUAAAACAUGGA